AUGGGAGCCCAGGUUUCAACACAACAGAGAUCAGAUGAGAGAAAAGUGAACUCAGUUCAUUCAAUGCACCACUGGAACACAUUGUUCCAGAGAUCCAGAACAUCAAACAAACUGAUGGUGAUUGAUUUCACUGCCGUCUGGUGUGGACCUUGUAAGUUCAUUGAACCAGCAGUUCAUGACUUUGCAGUUGAGUUUUCAGACGUUGACUUUGUCAAGAUUGAUAUCGAUGAGCUACCUGAUGCGGCGAAUGAUUUUGAAGUACAAGUAAUGCCAACAUUCAUAUUGGUCAAGAAAGGGAAAGAACGUGAAAGGAUUGUUGGGGUCAAGACGGAUGAACUUCAUAGGAUGAUUGAAAAACACAGAUUCUAAAUAUCAAUAUAUGUAUUUAUAGCCCAAAUGAGGCUUACAGGACACACAUGAUGAUUGCAGCUUAUAGAAGCCAGUACUUUUAUACUUUAA